AUGCACAGUCCUCAAUUCUUGAAGGUGACGUGGCCUGUGGAUAAUGCGUGUAAGGUCAUAAUCGUCAGCUUAGGUGUCUCCCCAGCCGUUUCUUCACUGGUAGAUGAUAUUAGAAAUGAAAUUGACCUUACUGGAAGUGAUGAUUGGAGUGUCAGCCUCGAUGAGCCCAUGAUCGACUAUUCCCUAGACAUGACUUGUGAAGAGCUCGCUGAUGUAGUGACACUACUCCAGCCAAAGCAACGAACCAAAGGACUCUCAUGGCAAAAUAGAAUCCAGGCGUCACAAGCACACUGGGCGGCAUUGAUACCCAGUCUCUCUGACAUUUACUUGAGGUACAAGACAAGCAACCCUUGUUGUAUGCCGCUUCAUUACCCAGAACCACCUGAAAAUUCGAACUUUGUUCAUAUUUACGUCGUUGAUGUCUUUGAUGGACGGUCAUACGAACACAUUCCUCAAGACCCAGAUGAAACCUCACCGACAUCUGCCAUUCUCCGUUCAGGCUAUAUCCCACCAACUCUCAUCAAUCCAACUGUAGCAAUCUCAAUACGUUCACUCAAGCUCCUUCAUUGUCUAAUGCAUGCCUUAUCCGGCUUCAGUGUCCAGUCAUUUGCCCGAUUGCUGGCCGAUUUGCACUGCAUGAGUGUUGUAUAUCAACCAUACUUUGGUACACAGGUCUCAUUAGCCUUUUAUGCAUACUAUGCUAUCAUUAUGAGAGUGAAUGCCUUUGUGAAGCACCUCAUGGGAUGUGAUACACCAGAUUAUUGGCUCAGGAACUCAUGUCCCGCAUGUCAUUACAAGCUUCAUGAUGAGCCUGAGCACCCCAUUAAUUUGAUUGUCACAGGCAAUGGAAACACUUCCUUAUCACGGCUCCCCCACGGGUCUGAGUCCGACCCUCGGACUUUCCUUAGUGACUACUUGUCAGGGACAGCUCCGAAAGCGGCGAGGUCCCUGCAUGCGGGACUCGGUGGGACGAAUAGCGGCUGUGUGUAG